AUGCUUGUGGAGCUGUCUUUCUCACAAAUCACAUUUGCGUGUAAACUAUCGACUUUGUAUUUCAAGAACCUAACCGUUUCGUGGCCUUGCCCUGCUCGCCUUCCUUCUCUGGUGGUGUUGCCGUGUUGGUUUCUGUCAAUGGACCUCCCUGUGAUCGAUCUUUCCCGGUACAUGGAAAUCUCCGCCAGGAGCGGCGGAACUGUUUGUUCGGCUUCGGACGAGGUUGGAAAUGCCGAGGAGUUUAGGGCGCUAUGUGCGGCGGUGAGCGGAAGUCUCAGGGACACCGGCGCGCUCCUCGUGAAGGACCCUCGCUGCACCGCGGAGGACAAUGACCGGUUCCUUGAUAUGAUGGAGCGGUACUUCGAGCGAUCCGAGGAGUUCAAGCUCCAACAAGCACGCCCUAAUUUACAUUUCCAGGUUGGUUCAACUCCCGAGGGUGUGGAGAUACCGCGCAGUCUGGUUGAUGAAGAUAUGCAAGCAAGGAUUAAAUCUAUGCCAAAGGAGUUCCAACCUGCUAUUCCUUCUGGUCCAGACCCUAAAUGGCGAUACAUGUGGAGAGUUGGUCCUCGACCAGCAAACACUCAUUUUAAGGAACUGAACUCUGAACCUGUUAUACCUGAUGAAUUUCCUGAUUGGAAAGAAACUAUGGAUCUUUGGGGAUCUAAAAUGAUAGCUGCUAUUGAGGUUGUUGCUGAGAUGGCUGCUAUUGGAUUUGGCUUGGACAAGGAUGCAUUUACCUCUUUAAUGGACCAUGGACCUCAUCUCCUUUCUCCGACAGGAAGUGAUCUACAACGACAUGGCAGUCUAGGGACUGUGUUUGCCGGAUAUCAUUAUGACCUGAAUUUCCUAACAAUCCAUGGGAGAAGCAGAUUCCCAGGCCUAAACAUAUGGUUAAGAAAUGGACAGAAGAUGGAAGUCAAGGUUCCUUUUGGUUGUCUCCUUAUCCAAACCGGAAAGCAGCUAGAGUGGUUAACCGCAGGUGAGUGUUUGGCUGGAAUGCACGAAGUUCUUGUAACUAAUAGGACACUAGAAGCUAUUGAGUCAGCUCGACAACAAUCCCACAGUCUUUGGAGGGUUUCAUCAACCCUCUUUGGGCACAUCGCAUCUGAUGCAACAUUGAAGCCAUUAGGUCAUUUUGCUGACGCACCCCUUGCGAGCAAGUACCCUCCCAUCUGUACAGGAGAUUAUGUCGAGAAAGAACUUGCUGCAAUUAAUCUCAAAGGCUAGAGGGAUGUCUCUAGAAAAGCUAUGGUGACUUGUAGUCUGCAAAUAACUUGGGUCACAUGGGGAAAGCAGCUCGUCUUUUCUCACCUACAAAACUGUUGAUCCCUUCGAACUAAAUAAUUGGCUGUAAGAAAAUGAAACUGACAUGCAUAUGAUUAUUCCUAUCUAAUUCAAACAUAACUAUUUAAUGAUUUUUACCUGAUGUUACGAGA